UAAGGCGAUGCACCGAUUCUAUGUCGUGUCCUGAAAUAAUGAUGUCUGAAUUUGGCACAGAAUCGAAUCUCUCCCCAGAGACUUAUAAGCAGGGAUCAGCUGGUGGCGGUGCUCUUAAAAAACGACUCGGUAUUAUUGCAACUUGUGUCGUCGGAGGGUCGUUGGUCGCUCUUUAUGCGGUGACCGGACCGUUUGUCGCACCGGCUCUGAGGAAAGUUUGUCUCCCUUUUGUACCUGCAACAAGGACUCAGAUCGAAAAUGUUCUUAAGGUUUUGAAAACUAGAUCAGGGUCUCUGGUGGAUAUCGGCAGCGGAGAUGGAAGGAUAGUCAUUGCUGCAGCAAAAAGUGGUUUCAAGGCAGUCGGUUUUGAGCUGAACCCAUGGCUGGUCUGGUACUCCCGUUACAAGGCCUGGAGGGAAGGUGUUCAUCACAACACAGCUUUUUAUAUUUCUGACCUUUGGAAGGUCAGUUUUUCAGAAUACUCCAAUGUGGUCAUCUUUGGUGUUCCUCAAAUGAUGGAGCAGCUUGAAGUCAAGCUCCAAACAGAGCUCCAGAGUUCAGCCAAAGUAGUGGCUUGUCGCUUUCCCUUUCCCACAUGGACCCCUGAUGGUGUCGAUGGAGAGGGAAUUGAUACUGUUUGGGUUUACAAUGCCAAAACAUUCAAACCUCCCAUCAGAAAUGAUAGAGACAGUGAAAGACGAGAACUAACGACAAACUAAGUUUCUGUACAGAAACAAUUCUUCCUUUUUAUAAUAUUGACAAACAUUUUGUCUUAUGUAAGCUUGAAAAACAGAAUUGAAUUGAAUUAAAUAUCCCUGUGUUUUACUAAAGAAAGUAAGAAUGAGUUUGUAUUUUUUUCUGUGUUGUAUGCAUAUGUAUAUUUUUUCUCAGAGAUGUGGAGUGAUCGUAUGAAAGAAUAUUUUAUGUUCUUGUUUAAAAGAGCGUUCACACCAAGUACGAUAACUACAAAGAUAACUAUAUUACCGUCCGCUCCCGCAGAUCAUAUUGUGUAUUUAUUUUACGCACACACUCAUCUGCCCCUUUAAAUUCUUGAUUCUGAUUGGGUGUUAUGUUUUCUAACGGUCAUUAGCUGGAUAAAAACGUUCUGAAAGUUAUUCCAAAGAUAUUGUUUCUCUGUGCAUUUGUUGUAUUUUACAGCUGAGAAAGAUUUUAGACCUAUUGUUAUCUUUAUAGUUAUUCUCCUUGUUGUGAACAGGCCCUAAAGCUUUUUCUAUGUAUUUAUUUAUGUAUUUAUAUUGUCUUAAGUACAUAUCGAGAUUAAUAUGUUAUGUAAAUGAUCCAACAUUAUUCCUUGAGUAAGCUGAUUGACUAGUAUUAAUGUCACAUUUAUUUUAUAAUAAAAGUUAAUAAAUGUUGCAUGCAUAUUUGACAUUAAUCUCAUUCACCACAAAGCCUUUCAGUCCCUUUUACACACCACCAAACCGACUUAUUUGCAUUGUAUGAACCCUAUGUUACUUGCAAAACAUGAGAGGCCAAUAAAAAGUUAAUAUCCCUAAUAGGAAAA